UCUUAACUAACACAUGAUAAUAUUUGUUUGUAUCAAGGUAGGGGCGUGAAAGGUUUAGGGAAGAAGUCGUAAAUCGUCGCUUCCGUCUCGUGUAAUGCCAGUUCCUAUUCCCCCAAGUCCCAACCCAACCUAACCUUGUGUCUCUGAUCUCAUCUUUGAUUCAACCCCAAGUUCACCUUCAUCCCCAUGGCCUCCCCCAGUGACUGUCCAGAUCAAUCCCAACCAGACCCCAUCGAAAACCCUAACCCUCCCCAGGAAUCGCUCCCUGAAACCCUUCCAUCCCAAGACAAGCUCGAUGAUCAAGAAGAUCUACUCGAAGAUGAACCCAACGCUGACUACCCGGAUCUGUCUGUUCCUUCUUCUCCACCCAACACCGACCUCCAUGUCACCACCCCCACUGGCUCUCGCCGUGGCGGGGGUCCUAAACGGAAGAAGGCCGCAACCAAGAGACGCGCUCAAGAGAAGAAGGCCCAGAAGAAGCUCGAGAUGCUGACUGAAGUCUUCAACCCCAUUCCCUUUCUCCCCAACAAAACCCUAGAUUUUUCUUCGCACGAAAGCCUCCUCAAGCGACUUGGUUUGUGGGAUUUUGUUCAUUUGGAUUUCGAUGGAAACCUUCGAGCCGAUCUGAUCGCGCAGUUAAUCGCUACGUACAACCCGCAAUCGCGCGGUAGCUACGUUAAUGGCUAUCGCAUUGGGGUCAACCGGGCCGACUUAGCCCGUGCUUUGAAUUUAUCUGUGAAGAAGGAUAAGGAUAAGGAUAGCAUCCUUGAUAUUGAAGAGUCAAAGGAAUCGGUAGGCUUUCUUGAGGAAUUUGUGUCAAAUUGGGUGCUUUUGCACGAGGAUACGUGGAUGAUGCCAGCGGAGGUGUUGAACUGGACUAAAAUGAUUAAAGAAGGCCAUUUCGAGAAGAUAGAUUGGGCUGGUUUGAUUUGGUUUAUGGUGGAGAAAGAGCUCACGUCUGCCCCUAAAUUAGGGAAUUGUUACUAUGCCUCGCACAUGCAGUGUUUGAUAAAAUACCAGAAAGAAGAGUUGCUGCUGGAGAAACCAGAAAAGGAUGCUUAUGAGGCCAAGGAGGAAGAGGAAGAGCAUAACGUUCCUGAGGAUUUCAAGACGUCUGCUGAUUUGGUUGAUGAAUCUCACGGGGGAUCACAGUUGGAGGAGCAUAAUAUUGAGUUGAGUCUUGGUGGGCAGGAUAAUUUGAUGAAUAAAGAUGAUGCUGAAAAGGAGGCUGCUGUGGGGGAUGAGGAUGCUAUGGAUUGUGAGGAAAGUAAGGGGGAUGGGCCUCAAGACGUACAGUGGAAUUUGGAUGGAGACAGCUAUAUGGAUGUGGGUGGGGAGAAUUUCUUAAGACCGUGUAAUCUUGGUGAUGUUGAUAUGGUGGAAGAAAGGAAACAAGAAAAAGGAGAGGAAGGAGAGAUGGAAGAGGGAGGAGGAGGAAAUGUAGAGGAACAAGAGGAUCACGAGGAACAGGAUGUACAAGAUGAACAAGAGGAGCAGCAUGAAGAAGGCUUUACUAUUUCCCCAAAAGGUGACAAUUUGGAGGCUGUGCACUCGGCAAAUCUUCUUGAAGGAAUGGAAACUGCCGAUGUCCCUUUUACAACUGGCUUGCACAUUCGCGAUAACUCAUCAGGGGAAUUCCUUGUCUCCAGGGUCGAUGCUCGGACAGUUCCUGCUGUCUCAUCAUUUCUGAGUAAUGGUAACAAGAGAGAGAUUGGUCAUGAGAAUGAUAUAUCUCAUAAUUCCUUGAAUCUUAGCAAUAAGAGGUUGAGAACUGAUGAGCAAUGGGAUAAGUCAUCUGAUUUUGAUACGUGCAUGGAACAAAUGCAGCAUUGGAUGGACAAAGCAAGAAUGUUGUAUGCUGCGAAAGACCAGGCUUGUGGAGAUUCGAGUAUGCACCAACAAGUGUUGCUCCAUGAGUUGCAACGGAGGGAUACCCUUAUCGAGCAUUUGCAGAAGGCCAAAUUUGAAGAGCAGCAGAAGAGACAGAUGGAGGUUUAUAGGCUUGAGCGCGAGCUCUAUUUGAUGGAAAACCUUUUAGAUGGAUACAGAAAGGCUUUGAAGGAAACAAACAGAACUUUUGCUGAGUAUAGAGCACGUUGUCCCCUGCCUGAUGAACCACUUUACAAAGAUGUCACUGGUUCUGGGGGCUUAGUUCUGAGCACCAGGGAAAUAGAAAAGCUGCGUCUGAAACAAGAAGAAGAAGACAGGCUUAAUAGACUGUUAAUUGAGAAUAAGAUAAAGGAUUUUGAAGCUGGGUGGAUAAGGAAAUUCGAUGCACACAAGGAUGCAGUUUCUCUUCUGAGUGACAAAUUGACUAACGCAGAGAAUGAAGUUAAACUUCUCAAAGAGCUUUGCAACCGAAAGGUUUCAGCAGGUACUCCAGAAUGUGUUCCAAAUGAAUCUGGAAUGUCUAGUCAGUAAGGUAUGUCUAGUAAAUUUUUAUGUAGUGCAGAACUACUCUUAUUUAUAUGUUAAACAGUAUGCAUCAUGCGCGGCAUCUACGAAUGGAGGCUUUUGUUCUAGUUGGCUCACCAUAUGGCAGAUUUGAUUUGCAAAGUUAGUAGCAGCAGAUAGUUUAGGUUCUCGAAAUUUUGUGUUUCAUAUUAAGAGGUCCAUACUUAAUUCUGAUUUACCUGUUUUACUUAAGGACUUCACUGGAAAAUGCUGAGAACCGAAAUGGAUGCUUCAAUCUAUCUCUUCAGUGGAUAAGUUAGAUGAGGACUCCGCUGGAUUAUAUGUCUUGUUAUGAACUGGUUAUUGUACUAUAGCAAGUCUGUCAACAAUGGGGAUUUGGGCAGACAUGGUUUGAAAGGUUUCUUUUUCGAUUAGUCGGUUUCUAAUAAAUAUGAUUCAAUUUUA